CGACGAAGUAGCAUAAGCAAUAGAAAAAAUAAACUUUUUGUUCGUAAACUGGGCAGAAAAUCAUUUGAAUGGAUUACUCAAAUUGAGUCUAAAACUCCGAAGAAACGUUUAAGAGUUAAGUUAAGGAUACUGUUAUAUCAAUCAAUUAUUUGCUGGAAUGAAUAAGAUCUAAAAGUAAGAAACUAUGAAUUACAACUAUUGAUAAACCUAUUGGAUUAUGGCUUUCCAUAUCGACUGCAAACACUGAACUUGAAUUGAGUGAUAAUAAAGUAGGGGUUGUCGAUGAAAAGUCACCAUGAGCCGCUUGAAAGGACAGAGAACCAAUAUUAACAGUAAAAACACAGACAACAAUGUUGCUGUAUCGACAAAUAGUGAUGAAGCAACAAAUGACAUAAUGUCUCGGAAUAAUGGGACUUCAUCUCAAGUUCGGCGUGAGAACUAUAACACCGGCAGAAAUAUCGACACAACUCAAGGCUCAAAACGAAUGAGAAAGGGGUCUAGGUUUCCCGAAAUUGAAAACACAUUUCACAAUAAUCAACUUCAAGCAGAAAAAUUUCCCCGAUAUGAUCAAAAACAAAGUGGAUUAACUAAAGGAUACGAUGGUAGGCCUACCCAGCGGAUAUCCGUUGAAGAAAAUGGGGAGAUAUCCAGAAGAAAUAGUUCCUCGAAUAAUAGUGCAAUCUCUCAAAAAGACAAAAGGGUUAGGCGAAAACUCGACCCAUCUCGACUGACAAUUAUGUCGAAGGGGUUAUUCAAGGCGGUCGCCGAGUGCCGCUUCAACCAAGUUAAGUUCCUGGUUAACUGUGGUGUUAAGUUAGAUUCAAGGAAUGAUGAGGGAUUUAACGUACUGGUGUGUGCUUUGCAUAUAGAAGACGACGACAGGAGGGAUAGAAUGUUUCGGUAUCUCUUAAAACGUGGAGCUGAAUGCUUGGACGUGGAUGACAAACAUAAUAAAAAUGUCCUCUCUUGGGCUUGCAGUUUAGGCCGAUCAAAACAAGUUGAAGAGAUACUACGUGAAUACAUGGGCGAAAUUGACUUCCAUGUACGGGACAAAAGUGGUCGAACUCCUUUACACGAUGCCGCUAUAUCGGGAGAUAUGAGUACGGUCAAAGCGGUUUUAAAAAUCAUGGAAAAAUACAAAAUAUCUGUAGAUGUAUCAGACAAUAUGGGAUUGACUCCCUAUCUUCAUGCGAAGCGUUUGGGCCAUCAUGAGAUUGUGUAUGUAUUCGAGAAAGACAGUGGAGUCUGUCGCUCUCAGUUUGAUACAAGAACGUUUAGAACUGCAAGCGCAUGGGAGAGAGUAGGGCAAGAUGACCGUAAGAAACAAUCACAACAUCAGCGCGAACAGGAUGCCGCAGCUUUUAAAAUACGUGGACAAAUUCCUCCUUGGGAUAAACACAAACUCAGUCUACCGAAAUUGAAGUUUACAAUGGAUGAUACUAUGGUAACACCAAGUUUCUCGGACAGUUCGUCUAGCAAAAACUAUAAUUUACGAAAUCCCAAACGGUAUAGUCAAAACUUGAGACAAACUUACCCCGAUGGCACAGGAAAUAAUAUACAUCUUGGGGGAAAAGGACAAGGUCUCAAUACAGCUCUAUCUAUAUUAGAUUUGGCUCAAUCACAAGGCAAAGGAACCAUUGCAGAUCAUUUCGUUCAGAGUACUGCGAUUGAAUCUCUUGGCAGUGGCCCGGCGAGUAGUGGACACCAUGCCGCCCCGGGAGGAGUAGAUCUGACAUCAAUGAUGGUGGCACUUUCAGAUCAACAAUCAUCUGCAUUCAGGGCUAAUGUAAAAUAUGUCAGACCCUCAACACCAAAGCAGAAGCUGAUGAAAGCCCGACAGAAAAUAUCUACUCUUGCUAUCCUAUUUGGUAAAGUAAAGCCUGGAGCUAAGGGGAUCAAGAACAAAGGUACAAAAACUAAGGUCCAGACAAAGGCGACGCCCCCAUUGCAGAAACAAUGGCAGAAGCCCAGAAUGAACAAAGCAUCCAGGUGAUUGACGUAUGUGAUGGUGACAUUUAGGAUUUUAAUGUACUUCACAGAGACAUUCUAGAACACGUUGACUAAUCGAAUGGCUCGGGUGUAUUGAACUAUAUAUGGGUAUGGGUAUAUUGGUAUAUUUCCUAAUCACCUCCCGGGAGUCAAAUAUAGGACACAGAAAAAUCAAUGAGUGGGGAAUAUGACAAUG